UGCCAUUGCCCUGGAGAAGUUCUGAGAUGUUGUUGGUGCUGUUCUCGCGGUGGAUGUGGAUCUUGCUGGGGAAGAGCAGUGUCCUCUUGCUUCUGGAGGUCUCCCUGAAAGGGAGAGCCCUACCUCCCAUCCGGUACUCCCACGCCGGGAUAUGCCCCAAUGACAUGAACCCCAACCUGUGGGUCGACGCGCAGAGCACUUGCAAGAGGGAGUGCGAAGCUGACCUGGAGUGCGAGACCUUUGAGAAGUGCUGCCCUAAUGUCUGUGGAACAAAGAGUUGCGUGGCGGCUCGGUACAUGGAUGUCAAGGGGAAAAAAGGGCCGGUGGGAAUGCCCAAAGAGGCAACCUGUGACCGUUUCAUGUGCAUCCAGCAAGGCUCAGAGUGCGACAUCUGGGACGGGCAACCCGUCUGCAAGUGCAAGGACAGGUGUGAGAAGGAGCCGAGCUUCACCUGUGCCUCCGACGGGCUCACCUACUACAACAAGUGCUACAUGGAUGCAGAAGCUUGCAUCAAAGGCAUUACACUGAAUGUAGUCACCUGUAGGUACCAUCUUACAUGGCCAAACACCAGCCCCAUCCCACCAGAAACAACAGCUCGCCCUACUACUGCCUAUUCUGAGACAACGGUCAUCGAUAUCUUGCCGCCUGCUCUAGUGAACAACCCCGUCCAUCAGUCAGUCUACGUGGGAGAGACCGUCAGCUUCCUCUGUGAUGUUACAGGGAGGCCCAAGCCAGAAAUCACGUGGGAGAAGCAGGUUGAUGGGAAAGACAAAGUCAUUAUGAAGCCAAAUCACGUCAGAGGGAAUGUUGUGGUCACCAACAUUGCCCAACUCGUCAUCUACAACACCCAGCUCCAAGAUGCAGGCAUCUACACCUGCACCGCCAAAAACAGCGGUGGCCUUCUCAGGGCUGAUUUCCCUUUGUCAGUCAUCAAAGGAGAACCCACAUCCAAAGAAGCUUCCCAAAACAAAACACAUUUUCCAACCGAUGAGUGCCUGAAGCAACCGGACAGUGAAGACUGUGGGGAAGAGCAGACCAGGUGGUACUAUGAUGCAAAGAAAAACAACUGCUUUACUUUCAUCUAUGGGAACUGUAACAGCAACCUCAACCACUUUGAGACCUAUGAGAACUGUAUGCUAACGUGCAUGAACGGCCCAAUCAACAUUUGCAAUCUGCCGGCCCUCCAAGGCCACUGCAAAGCCUACGAGCCCAGAUGGGCCUACAACAGCUUGACAAAGCAGUGCCAGUCCUUCAUUUAUGGCGGGUGUGGAGGCAAUGAGAACAACUUUGAGAGCCGGGAGGCCUGCGAAGAGAUGUGCCCUUUCCCGAAGAACACACACUGCAAAGCGUGCAAGCCACGCCAGAAGCUGGUGACAAGCUUCUGCAAAAGCGACUUUGUUAUCCUGGGCCGUAUAACCGAGCUGACCGAAGACCAAGACUCGGGACAUGCCCUGGUGACAGUGGAGGAGAUUCUCAAAGAUGAAAAAAUGGGAUUAAAAUUCCUAGGGAAGGAACCACUAGAAAUCACACUUUUGAACAUGGACUGGAGCUGCCCAUGUCCCAACAUGACCACAGUGGAUGGCCAGCUCAUCAUCAUGGGAGAUGUCCACAACGGUAUGGCUGUCCUACAGCCAGACAGCUUUGUGGGGACCUCCAGCAUCCGGCGCGUGCGGAAACUCCGCGAAGUCAUCCACAAGAAAACCUGUGAGCUUUUGAAAGAGUUCCUAGGAUUGCAUUAACCUCCUUCACACGUGUCAGCCUUCCAGACCCGUGUGUUACGUAGGGCUAACAAGCGCUAGGCUAGUGCACAAACUAAACAAGCGGUUUGAAGAUACACCGUAGGAAUUAUGCAGAACCCUUAUUUUAAUCCAUUAACGAUGCUUAGCAACAAUGUAGUAUGGUCUUUGGCAAGCACGUAAAACAGCAGCAAAAGGCUAUUAAUCUCGCAUUGAAAUCAAUUCCUCCAUAUAGGAGUGCCAUUUAACUAGAUGACUCACUGCAGUAAUUAUACAAUUUUUAUGUAGCUUCCAUCAUAAAAGACGGAAUUCAUAGCAUUUGUUUAGCUAAUUGGUACACAGCUAAGUCAUAUAUAAUGUCAACUUAAUAUGUCUCAUUUACAGUAUGGAAACGUUAUGGUAAGUCAUUAGAAGUAAGUCACACUCUUGUCUCCUUGUAGCAGCACUAAUAUUUCAAGAGAAAAGCCUGUAAAUUAUUGUCUAUAUUUACAAUUGUGCACAUUUAACCAAUCUAUGCGUUAUGAAUUUGCUUCUUUUAAUUGAAAUUUUCCUAGCAGUUUUCUUUGGAUUGUACCUCGUUUCUAAAUGGCAACUACUACCUGUCCUGCAACCCUUACCGGAGAAAAAAACUCCCUUGAUCCUAUGCCCAGGACAACAGGUCCCUGUAGAAGCCCAAGGCACAGUCUCACCCCAAAAUGACUUCUCUGUCACCAGAACAAGGUCAGCAAACACCCUCAUUCCAUUGCACUUCCCUAUUUUUGGUUUAAUCUAUCACAAAAAUGGUUUGUCUGUCACAAAAAAGUCCAAGGCAGAAGGACGGCAGUGUGCUGCCAGCUGUCUUGCUUUUGAAAAUCCUUUACAUCUGAGCGUAUGCAGCAAUUUAUUGCUUAUUUUCAUUAGAAAUCCUGUUUUUAUAGGUGAGAGAGUAAAGUAAGAGGAGCCAGAACAAAAUUCAAAGUAGAGAAGUGCAAUACUUAGUCUGCAGACUGCACUACACAGACACAAAGCUGCUGCAACUAAGACACACAGACACAGAGGCGCAGAGUGGACGCUCUCUGAAGGCGUUUCUCAAUUUGACCCUUUUAGAGCAUUCUUUCAAACCACAGAAAACAUUUUCCGCCGGGCCGCUGUACAUACGCGCGUGAAUAAAUACCCUGGGAACGACAGCACGGGCUGUGGGUGUAAGCGUGCGCGUACACAUAGGA